UGCGAAAGGGAAAGGGAUAGCACAAGGCAGUAGUAACGGUCACGGAAUUCCCCAAUCCGUUGUGAGUGAUGUCUUUCUAGUAUCGGAAUUGGUUAACCACACUGGCCACACUUAUCAUGGCUACACCGAUAAAAUGACAAGAAUUAUAUUUAUUCCUAAAAAUGGAACAGUUCAGACAGGUCAUGUGUUCUGACAGCUCAGAAAACAUCCGGAAGAGACAGCAGACAGCUCGCCAAUGUAAAGUUCGUCAACUAGCCGGCUAGCUCAACAUGUGUUAGCUCAACAUUGGCUCACGACUUUUCCUAAAGCAAGUCGUCGUGGAGAGGGUCGGUAAGCGACGUGAGGAAGUCGUGAGUUUGGCGUAGGCUAACUUCUAUGGACAGUUUUCGGUUGUCGGGAGCAUGGAAUGCUCUACCUUUUCUGAAUAUUCGUGGCUGGAUUUCCUCUUCACGGUAAUUGGCGUUUGCACGUUCAUUUUCGAUAUUGGAUCCGACCUGUGGGUCGCCCAGGAGUUCUUCUUGCGCGGGGACUUCUUCUGGUUCGGAGUGCUGGUCAGCUUCAUGGUUCUCUCCUCAGUCGUGGUCCAGAUGUUUAGCUGGUUCUGGUUUAGCUACGACCGCGAGCUUGAGGGCUACGAGGAGCAGACAACUUCCAAAAACGUACUUCUGGCCGAUGAGAAACAUUUCAAACUGUACUGCUGGCUGCACGUUCUUCAGCUGGGAUUCUUUUUCAGGCACGUCUCGGCCAUCAGGCAGGGGUUCCAGGUGUGGUGGCGGGGGAAGCAGGGCUCGGAGUACGCGGUGUACAUGACCCACGACCUGAGCAUGCUGCGGCUGAUCGAGACCUUCUGCGAGAGCGCCCCCCAGCUGACGCUCAUGCUCUACAUCAUGCUGCGCACCAACCGAGUGCGCGUCGUGCAGUAUGUGAGCGUGGUGGCCUCCACCUCCUCCGUGGCCUGGAUGUUGGUGGACUACCACCGGUCCCUUCGCUCCUUCCUCCCGGACAAGGCCCAGCAGGGCUGGGGCUCCUCCACCGUCUACUUCCUGUGGAACCUGCUGCUGAUCGCCCCGCGCGUGGUGUCCCUGGCGCUCUUCGCCUCCGUCCUGCCGGCCUACGUGGCGCUGCACUUCCUGCUCCACUGGGGGGCGCUCUUCCUGUGGGCCUGGCGGCAGCGCACCAGCUUCAUGGACAGCGCGGCGGGGGAGUGGCUCUACCGCGCCACCGUGGGCCUCAUCUGGUACUUCAGCUGGUUCAACGUGACGGACGGCAGCACCAGGGCCCGCGCCGCCAUCUACCACGCCUUCAUGGCGGCCGACGGCGGGAUCCUGCUGGCCACCUGGUGGGCGUACAGGGACCCCGCGGAGACGCAGCGCUACGCCCCGGGCCUGGCGGCGGGUGUGCCGCUCUGCUACGCGGCGGGCCUCCUGCUCAAAGGCCUGUACUACACCUGCUUCCACCCCCGGCUGCUCGGCCCCGCCCCUCAGGUCGGGGAGGACGUGCUCGACGGCGGGGGGGUGCCCUUCCGGUCCUUCGCCCCGGAGGCCGCGCCGCCGCCGCUUCGGCAGAACAAGAGGAUGGCCGGCCACGCCCAGCUCUUCUACGCUCCGGCGCCGCCCCCGACUGCUGCCCACAGCGCUCCCUGAGGGGGGAGGAAUCCUUUGAAGUCGGCCAUUUUGGCUCCGCUGGCUCAAUUUACUCCCAUUGCGCGCGCGACACAAGGCGCUGGUCAUUCACGAAGGCCCCCGAGCACGUCCGGGCGAUCAGCGCUGGUCUGUGAAGCCGUUCUGUGUGGAUGUGCGAUGGAGAUACGAUAGGGCGAUUUGUGUGUUUAUAAUCAAAAUAUAACGUCACAACAAUGCCAGCCUCAGGUACUUCCGAUUUACAAAAGGCAAUGCUAGUUAUAUGUUUCAGUCUGAAGGACAAGCACACUAUUUAUGAAAACCGUCUCUCGGGGAACUUUUAUACCUUUAAGCUUAUAAUAAGCAAAUUAUGUUGAUUGCUAUUAUUGUGCAUCUGAGCUUCAGGCCCCGCAAUGGCAUAUAUUAUAUGUAUUAUUGCUAGUACUGUUAUAAUGGUGUUGUAAUGUUAAACCUAAUUUCAUAGGACCAGCAUAUAAAUUCUGCUUUGUGCACAAACCUAUGUAAUUUAUUUUGUAAGUAUAACUUACAGAAAUCCCAAGGUACAAGAUCACAAAUGUGAUUAGAAUGCUCUGUACUGAACAUUCGAAUGCUGACGUGACAAUCGGUACCGACGUGCGUUCAAGAUGACGAAGGUUCGUGGCGAACUAAGUUUGCGGCCAACAGUUAAUGUUGAACGAUUUUAAAUGAACAUUCCAUUUGGUUUCGCCAUCAACGUAUUUUAGUAACUAGAAGAGUGCACUCAGUAGAGUGCAGAUCUCCGCCAGGCAUGUUAGCUUUGCUGAUGCAACAAUAGAGGGAGGCUACACAAUCAAUGCAACC